UGUCUGAACACUGAGUGCCCAUCCCACUCUCAAAGGAGCUGCGCACACACACACACACUCUGGCAAACACACUUACCACACUGGCAGUCAGAGCACACACAGCUCCAUUCACCAGUUAUAAGACGAGAGCCACUUCCAGUUAAAGGACAUAAAGCCCUGAUCCGAGCUCUAGUAUGGAUGCGCUGAAGAAGGGAUUCUCCAUGGCUAAGGAGGGAGUGGUGACCGCCGCCGAAAAAACCAAGGCCGGGGUGGAGGAGGCAGCUGCCAAAACCAAAGAAGGGGUCAUGUAUGUAGGCACAAAGACGAAGGAAGGUGUUGUGACAAGUGUAAACACAGUUGCCCACAAAACAACUGAGCAGGCAAAUCUUAUGAGUGAGACUGCCGUGGCUGGAGCCAAUCAGACGUCAGAAAAGGUGGUGGAGGGGCUGGAAAGUGUGGUCGCAUCCACUGGUCUCGUCAAACAGGAUGAGCUGGAGAACACUAAGGGAGACCUGACGAAGCAGGAGGGAGAUGUAGAGAAGCCUACAGAUGCUGGGCAGUAGGGAGAUGACACACUGAACACCCCUGUGAUGCUCUGCUUCUUGAUUAAGAAGAGAGAGUUCAUUAGAUGCUGUGGGCCAUGGCUGAAUAUUAUCAUCCUAAACCUAACCCUAACCCUAAU